CCUCUGGGCAGCUCUUUCAAGGACUGUGAACUGUUGACUCUGCUGACCUGUAGCUGAUUUGAAAAUGCAGCGGCUUUUGACUCCCGUGAAAAGGGUGAUGCAGGUAAAGCGAGUGAUGCAGGAAGCUUCACUCGUGCCUGCUCGCCUUCUUCCAGCUGCUCAUCAAAAGUUUUCUACUGUCCCUGCUGUUCCCUUGGCCAAAACGGAUACUUGGCCCAAGGACGUAGGCAUCAUUGCUCUGGAGGUCUACUUUCCAGCCCAGUAUGUGGAUCAGACGGACCUGGAGAAGUACAACAAAGUGGAAGCAGGGAAAUAUACUGUGGGCUUGGGCCAGACCAGGAUGGGCUUCUGCUCAGUCCAGGAAGAUAUCAACUCCCUGUGUCUGACAGUGGUGCAGCGCCUGAUGGAGCGCCUACAGCUCCCCUGGGAUGCCAUUGGCCGCCUGGAGGUGGGCACGGAGACCAUCAUCGACAAGUCCAAAGCUGUCAAAACAGUGCUCAUGGAGCUCUUUCAGGAUUCUGGCAACACGGACAUUGAGGGUAUCGAUACUACCAAUGCCUGCUAUGGGGGCACGGCUUCCCUCUUCAAUGCUGCCAACUGGAUGGAAUCCAGUUACUGGGAUGGUCGCUAUGCUUUGGUGGUCUGCGGAGACAUCGCAGUCUAUCCCAAUGGGAACGCUCGCCCCACGGGCGGGGCCGGGGCCGUGGCCAUGCUGGUGGGGCCUAAGGCCCCGCUGGCCCUUGAGAGAGGGCUUAGGGGAACCCACAUGGAGAAUGUAUACGACUUCUACAAACCCGACGGGAGUUCUGAGUACCCGCUUGUGGACGGGAAGCUCUCCAUCCAGUGCUACGCAAGGGCCUUGGACAGAUGCUAUGGGUAUUACCGCCAGAAAAUCCAGAAACAGUGGAAGCAAGCUGGCAUCGAUCGACCUUUCACCCUCGAUGAUAUACAGUAUAUGAUCUUUCACACACCCUUCUGCAAAAUGAUCCAGAAGUCCCUGGCUCGCCUGAUGCUUAACGACUUCUUGUCAGCCAGCAGUGACAAGCAGGCCAGCCAGUAUAAGGGGUUGGAGGCCUUCAGGGGGCUCAAGCUAGAAGACACCUACACAAAUAAGGACCUGGAUAAGGCAUUAAUCAAGGCCUCUUUGGACACGUUCAACAAGAAAACCAAGGCCUCCCUUUAUCUGUCCACGCACAAUGGGAAUAUGUACACGUCCUCUCUGUAUGGCUGCCUGGCCUCCCUUUUGUCCCAACAUUCUGCCAAAGAGCUGGCCGGUUCCAGGAUCGGUGCCUUCUCUUAUGGCUCUGGUUUGGCAGCAAGUUUUUUUUCAUUCCAAGUGUCCCAGGAUGCUUCUCCAGGUUCCCCCCUGGAUAAGCUAGUGUCAAGUAUCUCAGACCUACCGAAACGGCUUGACUCCCGGAAGCGUAUGUCUCCUGAAGAGUACACAGAAAUAAUGGAACAAAGGGAACAUUUCUUUCACAAGGUGAAUUUUUCCCCACCUGGUGACACAAGCAGCCUUUUCCCAGGCACUUGGUAUCUGGAGCGAGUUGACGAAUUAUUUCGCCGAAAGUAUGCUCGGCGUCCCAUCUAAAAGUGAUUCUUGGAGUUCUUCCUGGAAUAACAGAGCCUGUGCCCAUGAAUUCUAUUUUUUUAAACCCCACUCUUGCUGGUAAAUAACUUGGAUUUGAUGGUAGCCUUCAUGAGCGCUGGCCCUGUGGAGGGAGGGACCAGCCACCCUUUAGGUUCCUCUAUGCCUCUCCCUGUGGUGGACACUCUCAUGAGCUGAUGGAGCUGGCUGUUUGGAUGUAAGGGCGAUGGAGAGAAGAUCCAGCUCUGAAUCACUGCGUGCAGAAAUGUAACUGAUCACGUGUCCUUCAAGAUCCAGAUAACUUGUCUCUUGUUUGUUAUUGCUUCAUUAUUAUAUGGGAUGCUUCAUUCAUUACUCCA